CUCUGGGAUAUCGGCCGAAUUGAGCCGGUUGUCACUACAUCAGCUCUCCCAACUAAUUGGCCUGUUUUAGUCGAUCAAGAAGCUGCUGCUUUACGAGUAUCUGCAGCUCUUUCUCCUUCUUUGACUAGACAUAGCCAUCUAGCUAUGAUUGCGCCUGGCAUCUCUGGUUUAGCUUGCAUCCGCCUGUUCGAUUUUCGGGAGUCAGGGUUCGUGUCUGGCUGGCCAACACAAGUUGGCCGUUGGGCGAUUGCAUGGCCUUUUGAACAUCAAAUUGUUUUAGCUGACUCGGUAGAUAAUCUGAUCUUCCUCGACUUGCGCAUGUUCGAUGCCUGUCUCUCGACUACCUCGGUUGCUUUGCCUCCAGAAUCAACCAGUUCCACUGGCCUAAUCGACAGAGCUGGCGAUUCAGUUAAUCUCGAUGGUCAAUCUAAAGAGAACGGAUCUGACUUAUGCGUUCAGAGUGCGCGUAUCACAGAUAAUCUGACUUCUGGAACAGAACUCAUUCAUUCAAUCAAAGACAAAAAAACUUCCGAAGACGCCGCUGCGGAUAUUAAUGACAAAACUGAAGACUCUGCUGAUUUUGUUGCCAUUGAGUCUGCUCUAUCUUUGUCUCCCGGACGAAUGGAUACUCAUGCCACUCAGAAGAAACUGUUCCCCGAACUCCAGCCGAUUGGCAGCCGGGUUGAAAAAACACGUCUUCAAUUAUCAGGAGAGUCGCGAUCAGUCAGAUCGGACGGACAAGUGUGCAGCUUUAGCAUUUUGAUCUUAGCUAUUAAUUAUCAGUACAUGUUAUCAUAA